GGUCGUGUCCAGUCGUGUCGAAUAACUGAGUCCACUGCGCAUUGCUUGCACCCGGUGAAUUUUCUCUCGAUAUAUACGAUCCAAGAUCCAAUAUCCAAUUAUCUUGGUACACUCCAAAUAUAAAGUAAAAUCAAAAAUGAUGAAUACAUUACGUCUCGUUGCACGACAAAAUGUCCAUCAGCUUCGGAAGUUUCACAAAUGUGUCACGUAUUGUCAAACUGAGGCAGCUGUCGCUGGUGAAAAAUUGUCAAUUCCAGUCCCUGAAGGGGUUGACAAACCAGUCAGUCCAAAAAUUGACAAACUUGCUAACGAUAUAUCAUCUCUAAAUCUCAUUGAGGUUGCGGAGCUCAGUGAUCUACUCAAAAAAAGACUCAAUCUCCCUGAUGCACCUGUCAUGCCUAUGGGUGGUUUUGUUGCUGCUAAGCCACAGGAUGCCGAUGAAGAUGCUGCUCCUCAGAUAGUCAAGACAUCAUUCACAGUGAAACUCGUCAAAUUUGAUGAAAAACAAAAAGUGGCACUAAUAAAAGAAAUCAAAAACCUUAUACCCGGGACGAAUUUAGUUCAGGCGAAGAAAUUUGUUGAAAGCGUACCAGUGGUGGUAAAAUCAGAUAUUCCGAAAGAUGAGUCAGAACAACUGAAAGAGGCGAUUACUAAAGUUGGUGGAGAGGUUGAAAUUUCAUAAGUGCACAACUGAAAAUGAAUGUGAUCGCUUGUUGAUUUAUUGGUACAUAUAAAAGAAAUGGAAUUAAUAAAAACGAAGCGUUUUUUUUUCGUUUGUAA